AUGAGCGGGUUCCUCUUCGUCAGAAUCAACAUCUUCGCGGCCUUUGGGCUGCCGGCCGUGCUGUCUCUUGCGACGAGUGGUGGUGGCGACGGGCAUACUGGUCGUAGAGUCAAGACGCGCUCGUCACAUUUGAUGGUCACACCAAUGGCUCUCAGUGGACCGUCAGCUCUGCGGGACGUCGUCAAUCCUCAAUUCCACCAGAAUAAUUUCCCUGCAGAAAACUAUAUCAAGUCUGACCUAGGCAUCAAACUUGACAAAGACGACCAAAUAUGUAGACUUGCUCUCACUCCGGCUGGCUGUCCUCUUGGUCCUCUUCAUUGUCCACUACGCCACACCCUCCCUUCUGUACAAAAUUUCCAGCCACCAAAGCAACAAGCGACCCACACCCGCGACCGGCUGACUACCGUCUGCAAGCAUUGGCUGCGUGGUCUUUGCAAGAAGGGUGAUGCCUGCGAGUUCCUUCACGAAUACAAUCUAAGACGGAUGCCGGAAUGUUGGUGGUAUGCCAAGUACGGCUACUGUUCGACUGGAGAAGAAUGUCUUUACGCUCAUCCUAAAGAGCGACGCGUUGAAUGUCCUGACUAUAAUCGGGGCUUCUGCAGACUGGGCCCAUCAUGUCCGCGAAAGCAUGUCCGGCGAGUUGCUUGCCAAAACUAUCUGACUGGCUUCUGUCCCCUAGGACCAGAUUGCCCGCGUGGCCAUCCCAAACCAAAUAUCCCACCUCCAGAAGCGUAUGAGACCCCUGCUCCACCAACUCUCGAGGGACCUCCACCUCCUGGCAUGGCCAGAUUUGAACCUUUUGGAGGCGGUUUCACGGGUCCCGUCCGCAGAAACUUGGACGAGGUAAUGUGCUUCAAGUGUGGGGAGAAAGGGCAUUACGCAAAUCAUUGUCGGAAUCGAAAUGUCCCAGGGAACCGUGGAGGACUCGAUAGAGUAGCCUAUAAAUUCUAUGUCACGUGCACACCUUUUUUCUUGCUUCCGUCUAUGUUUGCCGCCCUUCGUCUCGGACGCCAGUUGGCUCUGAGAGCACCUCCGAGGCCCUCGUUCACAGCUGGGCCCUCCAGAAUACUAUUUCAAUCACAACUCACCCUUGCCCGCUCUUUCCACGCGACCCCGCCUGCAUUUGUGACUCUCAACCAGUCCUCGAAACGCAAACGCAACGCGCGUCGUGUCGCCAAGUCCAAGUCGCCUCUUCUCAAUAACUCGCCUCAGCGAAAAGGCGUCUGCAUUCAGGUGUUUACCGCCAAGCCCAAAAAGCCAAACUCGGGCAAGCGUAAAGUUGCUCGAGUAAAGCUUUCGACAGGGAAAACAUGCCAGGCGUAUAUCUCUGGCGAAGGGCAUAACUUGCAAGAGCACAGCGUCGUACUGGUCAGAGGAGGGAAGGCGCAAGAUUUGCCUGGUGUCCAGUACAAAGUUGUUCGUGGCGCCUUAGAUCUAGGAGGAGUGGUCAAUCGUGCUCGUGCUCGGAGUCGUUACGGUGUCAAGAAACCUAAGAAGUAA